AAUCCGGAUCUUUGGGAGAUCACCUGAGUUUGUCGUCACACCAACCCACGAGUUUAUUUUGGCCCGCUGUGAUGACGUAAGAACAUUUCUCUGCUUUCAUACGGAAGACUAGGCAGGUACUUGUAUGGUUCAUGGUUACUUGACGGUAGAAAGGGGUGGUGGAGACAUUCUUCGUUUUCUGGAAUACACGUUUGACUGAUGUAUAUGAGAUUUUUCUCCCGUAUUGCUUCAGCAAUGGCAGGACCGCGGCCAGUGGUGUUGAGUGGACCAUCAGGGGCUGGGAAAAGCACACUGCUUAAGAAGCUCCUCAACGAGUUUGAUGGAGUCUUUGGCUUCAGCGUUUCCCAUACAACCAGGAAUCCCCGUCCAGGAGAAGAGAAUGGCAAAGAUUACCAUUAUGUGACCAGGGAGGUGAUGCAGGCAAGCAUUGACAAUGGGGAAUUCAUCGAGAAUGCCGAAUUUUCAGGGAACAUGUACGGAACAAGCAAAGCUGCCGUGCAGGCUGUGCAGGCAAAGAACCUGAUUUGCAUACUGGACAUUGACAUGCAGGGAGUGAAAAACAUAAAGAGAACAGAUCUGAACCCAAUCUACAUCUCCAUCCAGCCCCCAUCUAUGCAGGAGCUGGAGAAACGUUUAAGGGAUCGAAAAACGGAAUCAGAGGAAAGUCUACAAAAGCGUUUGAACGCAGCAUCUGUUGAUAUGGGACUGAGUAAAGAAGCUGGACUAUUCGAUGUUGUCAUUGUAAACAAUGAUCUUGAUGAAGCAUAUGGGAGUUUGAAAGCGACUCUUCUUGAGGAAAUUGACAAAGUAAAAAAUACCCCCAAGGCCUAAGGCACCACGCAAGCCUCCAUACUCCUCACCUCUCCACUCCAGGCUUCAGCUACAGGGCUUCUCACAUGAACAUUCCGGCACCAGGCUCCCAGUCCCAGCCAGACUCUAAGCUCUCUGGGCUGAACGCUUUGGACAAAAGCAAGUUCGGUAUCAUGUACACUGAUAGAAUGAUGGACAAUAAUCCCAUUGAAUGAUUCGUUUUCUUUCCUGAACUAGUACAGCCUCUAACCCCUGACGAGCCUAUCUUGGUGGUGUCUAUGCAGGGGCUGGUGUUCACUUAUGCAGUUUGGGAAUAUUUGGGCUGUAAGUACUGGCGUAGUUUACGCAUUCCAGGUACGCCUAGCACUUCUGUCUCCCAUUUAUCCCAGUAGGUGUCAUACAGUUAUUUGUGGGUCUCUUACCUGUCGGAAUACAUUAGCGCAAGAGUGUGAGGGAGGUGUUGGCACACCACAGCCGUGCUUAAGUGUAAAUGAUGUUAAGACUUAGUGCUUCUUUAAUUCCUGUCCAAUGGUCCAUAAUCGUCUCUGAUACACUGACAGCAGCAUAGCAUCCAUUGUCAUCUUUUCUUUUGAUACCACCAUUGAUUUGAUUUGUUAUCCAUUUUUUGCCUUUUUAGUGUUUUCAACAAAACAUUUAGAUUCCUCAUUAAUACAACAAUCUAUUUUCAUUAUGCUUAUUAUCAAUGCAAUACUUUCCUUAUUCAAAGGGAAACAAUCACUUCUGACUCUGAUUGCUGCGGCCUGAUGUUGUUCCUUUAAUGGAUCAGUGUGCUGCCCUUUUGUCCAGCAUUUUGCCUGAGGACUGUCAUUGGUCCCGUGUUGAUUGUUGAUUGCUGUACUGUAAAAAAAUGGUGGUGUUUACCACUUGUCAGUAAUGGAACAUCAACAAAGCGUGCAUUUCAGGUGCAUGCCUACGGCAGCUAUGAAACACAACCCGAAGUCAUGCUAUUCCACAUCAAGAAACCCGACUUCCUUCACUUUCAGCCGUACAGGUUAUGCGCUGCUGCUCAUGAACCCAUGCAAGCCUGUUGAUAUGAAGCUCGUCUAGUACUAGACACAUCAUGUCCUGCCAAGUGUCAUGGACUGCUUAGUCUUCAGAGAACCAGACACCACAUGUAAAGAGACAGAUCUAAACGGUAGAACAUGACCAACAUGCUUUUUUUAAAAAGGUAAAAUGUCUGUGGCUAUUUAUUGGGAAAGCAGUUAUAACAAUUUGGGUUGUGUAAGGAUAUUGGAAAUAGUAGGUUUAUGAGCGAAUUUCUUGUUUGCUUUCUCCUAAAUCUUAAUGAUGAUCUGGUCUCCCAGGUAUUUCCACAGGUCAAAGUCUACCUGUUUCAACAAUUGUUUAACUUAAAUAUUUAUGGAUGCGAUUUUCAGUUGUUUGAAUUAAGUUUUGUUAAUUUAUUGGACCUCAGGUUGUAUUUUGUCAUCAAAAUGAAUUGUGGCGUCAUUGUGUAAUGUGAUGCACCUUGUAAGGAAAGUUUAUGAUCAUGCAUCAUAGGCAGUUGGUUCAGGAAUGUAGUAAGAACAUUUAGUGUUGUCUGAAAGGAAAAUUCAAAUGGAUAAAAA